AUGCCCGAGCACACCCGGGCUUCCAGCUCGAAUCAUAACCGCUACGUCAACUCCAUGCCUGUGUCUCUCGCUCCUGCGGCGAAUCCCAUCGCCAUGUACAACCAGCGCAUGGCGAUGCCGCAAUCAACCUACUAUACAGUGCCCUCGUCUGCUCCGAUGCAGCCGCAGCCGCAACCAACAUACGAGAGCUACGCCCCCGUAACGGCACCCCCCGUUUCCGUACCCCCUAUGCAGCACCGCGCCUCCUCGGGGGCCUGGACCCCACAGGAUGACCAGCAACUGCUCACGGCCCGCUCUCAAGGCCUUAACUGGGGUCAGAUCCAGAUGGCCUACUUCCCCAAUAAGACUCCCAACGCUUGCAGAAAGCGACACGAGCGUUUGAUGGAACGAAAGGGAGCCGACGACUGGGACAAUCGCAAACUUGAACGCCUGGCCAAAGAAUAUAUGAGCAUGCGGAAGGAGAUUUGGUCCACUCUCGCAGCCCGCACCGGAGAGAAGUGGAACGUUGUCGAGUCCAAGUGCAUGUCCAACGGACUCAAGAAUCUUCAAAGUGCGGCCCGUGCCGGGGCCAGACGCGAGCGCCUGGAAUCGGGGCAGCCACUACCACCAGGGUAUGACGAUGAUAGCGGCAUCAGCGGCCUCGGGUUAACUCCAGUUGACGAGCUAGACGCGUCCUACAGUAGCCCGGAGACCGUGUCUUCCGGACAUUCCACGAGCGGUGGCAGCACUACCUCGGCUGCCGGUUAUGUCACCUCCUUCGGCCAUCUUCAGCCCCUGCAUGCUAGCCAAUACGGCUACGGCCACACGGGUGCCCACCACGGAUACACCAGCUCGGUAUCUUCGAACGGCUCCGUGAACGGCGGAUAUGGAAACCCCGGCCAGUCACAAUCACCCAGCCCAUACCUCCAUCCUCAUGGUCAGAGAUUGCCGAGCGUGGAUAUGGGAAUCGAUGCCAUCAUCAACAGACCCGGUGGCGGCGGUGGUGUGCAACCAAUGUAA